AAAAUUGGGAUCAACCUCCUCUACCGCCUGUCAACAGCGCCGUGUUGUCUUGCGGAAAGUUGUAACUCCACGCCGACUUCUAGUUCCCUGGCGACAGCGGUUUCCAGUUCCCUUGACACUGGGACUUGUGUCUGGGGGUUCGAGGUCUGUUCUUAUCUCCAGAUACACCACCGGGUAUGUAUUUCUUGUGAUCGGCCCUUGGGAGACCUGGAAUCGGCCCAUCUGGGCGUUGCUGUGGCGUAUGGAGCGAGCUGAGGACGCCACCGUAAUGUAGCGGCAGUUGUUUAGCGGCUGCAGCAGCGACAGCAGAGGCAGUUGUCGAUCGGCAGCAGAGCAUGGUGGGGCGGAGGACAAAAGCUGUUUACACAUGUUUAUUAGCUUUUAUGCACUGCAUCUGGCGGAGCAAGUCCCUCGAGUUCUUAGAUUCUCCAAACACCAUAAUUGCUGAUUUCAGGGCAUUCAACUCAGACCUCCACUCAGCGGCGUACCGUGUGACUAUAUCCAGCAUGUACUGGAGACCUGCCUCCGAGUCACUUACGAGGGCCAAGUCAUCCGCAUACAUGGGAGCU